AAUACCCUCCUAACAGAACCACACCACCGCGUCUUCACCGGAGAUUGGAUCUGAGCUCUCGUCCGUGGUUCCUCUGUGCUGCCGGCAUCAUGACGGCGUCAACAUAGCGAACCACACUCGAGUCAACUGCACGGCGUCAGACCCAUGUGCCGGACGGUGUCGGACGCGGUGCACGUGCUGGACGCCAUCGUCGGCUACGACGAGAACGACGCCGCGGCCACCGGAUCAGCGUCCAAGUACAUCCCUCACGGCGGGUACACGCAGUUCCUGAAGAAAGACGGGCUGAAAGGGAAGAGGAUCGGCGUCCCCAAUGGCUUCUUCCAGAGAUAUGGGCAGACGCAGCUGAAUGUGUACAAGCAGCACCUCACCACAAUGAGGGAACUCGGAGCAGUGGUGAUUGAGAAGCUGGACGUCGCUGCCAAUUUGAGCGCUCUAUUGGAUGAGAUUGGUUCCAACGAGGCGAUUGCGAUGCAGGCAGAGUUCAAGCUAAGCAUAAACGCCUACUUGGCAGACUUGGUCCACUCCCCGGUCCAUUCGCUUGCAGACAUCAUAGCCUUCAACAACAAUCAUCCUGUGGAGGAGAGACUGAAAGAUUUCAGGCAGCCCGACCUUAUCUCGGCCCAAAACACAAACGGCAUCGGCCCCAGGGAGAGAGCCGCGAUCGGUCGCCUGAAGGAACUGAACGUGGAAGGGCUAGAGAACCUGAUGAAGGAACGCCAACUGGACGCGAUCGUGGCGCCUAACAGCGUUAUUUCUAGCCUUCUCGCCAUCGGUGGACAUCCUGGCAUCGUUGUGCCGGCAGGCUACGACGAGAAGGGGGUCCCCUUUGGCAUAUGUUUCGGCGGGCUGCAGGGGUACGAGCCGAGGCUGAUCGAGGUGGCCUAUGCUUUCGAGCAGGCUACCAAAGUUAGAAGGCAACCCAUGUUCAAGCCCUAG